UUGGUGGCACCGGCUGGUGCGGGACCAACGCCACGGCCAGAGUACCGGGUAGAGAGCGGGAACGCCGAGCUGCGCGGGUCAGUCCUCCAGGCCACGCCAGCGCCCAGCACGGGCCAGGGAGACUCAGGCUCCCGUCUGCCGCCAAGCCCCUACGCGCCCCACGGCGCCCAAGGCUGCGGCCAGGCGUUGAUUUUUUGGCGGGGACCGUCAUGGCGUCGCAGCCAAAUUCGUCUGCGAAGAAGAAAGAGGAGAAGGGGAAGAACAUCCAGGUGGUGGUGAGAUGCAGACCAUUUAAUUCGUCAGAGCGGAAAGCUAGCGCCCAUUCAAUAGUAGAAUGUGAUCCUGUACGAAAAGAAGUUAGUGUACGAACUGGAGGAUUGGCUGACAAGAGCUCGAGGAAAACAUAUACUUUUGAUAUGGUAUUUGGAACAUCUACUAAACAGAUUGAUGUUUACCGAAGCGUUGUUUGUCCAAUUCUGGAUGAAGUUAUUAUGGGCUAUAAUUGCACUAUCUUUGCGUAUGGCCAAACUGGCACUGGAAAAACCUUUACAAUGGAAGGCGAAAGGUCACCUAAUGAAGAGUAUACCUGGGAAGAGGAUCCCUUGGCUGGUAUAAUUCCACGCACCCUUCAUCAAAUUUUUGAGAAACUUACUGAUAAUGGUACUGAAUUUUCAGUCAAAGUGUCUCUGUUGGAGAUCUAUAAUGAAGAACUUUUUGAUCUUCUUAAUCCGUCUUCUGACGUUUCUGAGAGACUACAGAUGUUUGAUGAUCCCCGUAACAAGAGAGGAGUGAUAAUUAAAGGUUUAGAAGAAAUUACGGUACACAACAAGGAUGAAGUCUAUCAAAUUUUAGAAAAGGGGGCAGCAAAAAGGACAACUGCAGCUACUUUGAUGAAUGCAUACUCUAGUCGUUCCCACUCAGUUUUCUCUGUUACAAUACAUAUGAAAGAAACUACAAUUGAUGGAGAAGAGCUUGUUAAAAUUGGAAAGUUGAACUUGGUUGAUCUUGCAGGAAGUGAAAACAUUGGUCGUUCUGGAGCUGUUGAUAAGAGAGCUCGGGAAGCUGGAAAUAUAAAUCAAUCCUUGUUGACUUUGGGAAGAGUUAUUACUGCUCUUGUAGAAAGAACACCUCAUGUUCCUUAUCGAGAAUCUAAACUAACUAGAAUCCUCCAGGAUUCUCUUGGAGGGCGUACAAGAACAUCUAUAAUUGCAACAAUUUCUCCUGCAUCUCUCAAUCUUGAGGAAACUCUGAGUACAUUGGAAUAUGCUCAUAGAGCAAAGAACAUAUUGAAUAAGCCUGAAGUGAAUCAGAAACUCACCAAAAAAGCUCUUAUUAAGGAGUAUACGGAGGAGAUAGAGCGUUUAAAACGAGAUCUUGCUGCAACUCGCGAGAAAAAUGGAGUGUACAUUUCUGAAGAAAAUUUUAGAGUCAUGAGUGGAAAAUUAACUGUUCAAGAAGAGCAGAUUGUAGAACUGAUUGAAAAAAUCGGUGCUGUUGAGGAGGAGCUAAGUAGGGUUACAGAGUUGUUUAUGGAUAAUAAAAAUGAACUUGACCAGUGUAAAUCUGAUCUGCAAAAUAAAACACAGGAACUUGAAACCACUCACAAACAUUUGCAGGAAACUAAAUUACAACUUCUUAAAGAAGAAUACAUCACAUCAGCUUUGAAAAGUACUGAGGAGAAACUUCAUGAUGCUGCCAGCAAGCUGCUUAACACAGUUGAAGAAACUACAAAAGAUGUAUCUGGACUCCAUUCCAAACUGGAUCGUAAAAAGGCAGUUGAUCAACACAAUGCAGAAGCUCAGGAUAUUUUUGGCAAAAACCUAAAUAGUCUGUUUAAUAAUAUGGAAGAAUUAAUUAAGGAUGGCAGCUCAAAACAAAAGGCCAUGCUAGAAGUACAUAAGACCUUGUUUGAUAAUCUGCUGUCUUCCAGUGUCUCUGCAUUAGAUAGCAUUACUACCAUAGCACUUGGAUCUCUCACAUCUAUUCCAGAAAAUGUGUCUACUCAUAUUUCUCAGAUUCUUAAUAUGAUACUAAAAGAACGAUCAUUAGCAGCACAAAGUAAAAUUGCACUACAGGAAUUGAUUAAUGUACUCAAGACUGAUCUUCUGAGUUCACUGGAAACGAUUUUAUCCCCCACUGUGGUGUCUAUAUUGAAAAUCAAUAGUCAACUAAAGCAUAUUUUCAAGACGUCCUUGACAGUGGCUGAUAAGAUAGAAGAUCAAAAAAAGGAACUAGACGGCUUUUUCGGUUUACUGUGUAACAAUCUACACGAACUACAAGAAAAUACCAUUUCUUCCUUGGUUGAAUCACAAAAGCUAUGUGAAAACCUAAGUGAAGACCUGAAUACAGUAAAGCAAACCCAUUCACAGGAACUUUGCCAGCUAAUGAAUCUUUGGACAGAGAGAUUCUGUGCUUUGGAGGAAAAGUGUGAAAAUAUACAGAAACCACUUAGUAGUGUCCAGGAAAAUAUACAGCAGAAAUCUGAGGAUAUAGUCAACAAAAUGACUUUUCACAGUCAAAAGUUUUGUGCUGAUUCUGAUGACUUGUCACAGGAACUCAGAAAUUUUAACCAAGAAGGUACAAAAUUGGUUGAAGAGUCUGUGAAAUACUAUGAUAAACUCAAAGGCAACCUGGAAAAAAUAUCUCAGGAGACUGAACAGAGAUGUGAGUCUCUGAACACAAGAACAUUUUGUUUUUCUGAACAGUGGGUAUCUUCCUUAAAUGAAAGAGAACAGAAACUUCAGAACUUACUGGAGGUUGUAAACCAGUGUUGUGAGGCUUCAAGUUCAAACAUCACUGAGAAAUCACACGGACAUAAGGCAGCUAAUGAGAAACAGCACAACAUUUUUCUUGAUCAGAUGAAUAUUGAUGAAGAAAAAUUGAUAGCACAAAAUCUAGAACUUAAUGAAACCAUAAAAAUUGGUUUGACUAAGCUUAAUUGCUUUCUGCAACAGGAUCUGAAACUGGAUAUCCCAACAGGUACUACACCACAGAGGAAAAAUUAUUUAUACCCAUCAGUACUGGUGAGAACUGAACCACGUGAACAUCUUCUUGAUCAGUUGAAAAGGAAACAGCCUGAUCUGUUAAUGAUGCUAAACUGUUCAGAAAACAACAAAGAAGAGAAAAUUCAGGACGUGGAUGUAGAAAAGGCAGCUCUGGAGCAGUAUACUGAAGAACCUCUAAGUCAGGAGCCAUCUGUAGAUGCUGGUGUGGAUUGUUCAUCAAUCGGUGGGGUUCCAUUUUUCCAGCAUAAAAAAUCACAUGGAAAAGACAAAGAAAACAGAGGCAUUAAUACACAGGAGAGGUCUAAAGUGGAAGAAACUACAGAGCACUUGGUUACAAAGAGCAGAUUACCUCUGCGAGCCCAGAUCAACCUUUGAUUCACUUGGGGGCUGGCAAUUUUAUUUUUAAAGAAAACUUAAAAAUAAAGCCUGAAACCCUAGAACUUUAGCCGUGUGUGUAGAUGUUAAAAGAAUAUAUAUAUAUCAGCUGGGUGUGGUGGCUCACGCCUGUAAUCCCAGCACUUUGGGAGGCUGACGUGGGUGGAUUGCUUGAGCCUAGGAGUUUGAGACUGGCCUGGCCAACAUGGCAAAACCUCGUCUCUACUAAAAUACAAUAAUGAGCCAAACGUGGUGGCACACUCCUGUAAUCCCAGCUACUGGGGAGGCUGAGGCACAAGAAUCACUUGAACCCAGGAAGCAGAGGUUGCAGUGAGAGAAGAUCACACCACUGCACUCCAGCCUGGGCAACAGAGCAAGAUGCCGUCUCAAAAACAAAAUUUUAAAAAGAUAUAAGGCAGAACUGUAAAUUUAGCUGAAUUUUGAUAUCUACCCGUUUUUCUGUCAUCCCUAUAGUUCACUUUGUAUUAAGUUGGGUUUCAUUUGGGAUUUGCAAUGUAAAUAUAUAUUUCUAGCUUUUCAUAUAAAGUUCUUUCAU